AUGGCCAACAGCGAAGAAGAAGAGCAGCAGAAGGGUAUGAUCUCAGCGUUUCUGGGCGUUGCAGAGGGCCAAACCUCUGAAACUGCCCGCUGGUUUCUUGAGGCUUCAGCAUGGAAUGUUGACAACGCUCUUUAUCGGUUUUUCACGGACGAAGCCUUCGACAAGGUUGUUGACGCUGGCGAAAUUGAACCCGAUUUAAAUUCUUCUCUCAAUGGUCCCAACUAUAAUUAUUAUCCAGAAGACUCUGUUUCCUUAGCCGGAUACGGUGAUUAUGCUGCCCAAUUAGACGCUGGUUCUUCUGCUACGCAAAACGACAGCUCCUUGUUUCCUCCUCCAGCUGAUUUGAUGUUUUCGGGCCUUUUUGAUGAUGCAAUUCGAGCCGCACGAUCACAGAACAAAUGGCUCUUGGUGAACUUGCAACACAAUGAGAAUUUGGCUUCUUUAGAGCUUGAUAGGGAUACUUGGAACCAUAAAACCGUGGUCGAAUUCGUUAAAUCCAGCUUCAUAUUCUGGCGGGAAGUUGUUUAUCCUUAUUAUGAUGCCUCAGAAGGUUUUAAAGUUUGCAGAUUUUACAAACAGCAGCAAGAAUCGCUUCCCGCUAUUAUGGUGAUUGAGCCCAUGACAGGGGCACUUAUUCGCAAUUUGACCGGAAUGGUUCCGCCGGAACACUUGCUGGAGAAAUUGUUAGAAUAUACGGAAAGUAGCCCAUUAGAAUACCUCAUCAAUCUCUCUCGUAAAAGAAACAAACUUCCCGAGUCUAACAAUCCUGUUGUUGUUGAAGAUCAUGGAACAGAGGAGGAAACAGACGAGGAUGCCGCUGAUGAUGAUGAUGAGGUUACGGAGUUGGGCUUUCCUGCUCUUCCAGAAGAACCAAACAUUGAUGACGCGAAACUGGUUUGUCGAAUUGGGUUCAGGCUUCCAGAUGGACGAAGGAUUCAAAGGAGGUUUCUCCGAUCAGAUCCGGUGCAAUUGUUAUGGUCCUUUUGCUGGUCCGAGCUUGAUGAUGCAGACAAGAAUCGGCCAUUCCACUUUGCAUUUAUGCGUAAGUCUUUGGACUACACUUCCGAUUCAACUGUCGACGAAUCCGGCCUCGCCAAUUGCCUGUUGUCCUUAACGUGGGACUGA